UUCUCAGAGCUAUUCCAAGUGUCAUCAUGCUUACUCUGCUGCUUCUAUAUAUUGUUUUUAAUUUUGUACAACAAGCUACAGGGCUUUGCGGUGACUCUAUUAAGUGGUCACACCGCGUCAACCUCGAUGAGGUCUACGGUGUGUGGUAUGGCGUGGGUUACGCACAACACAAUCCAGAUAUGACCAAUUUGCCUAAUGAAGUAGGCUGCGUAACCCUGUACAUCAUAGAUGCGACUUAUGAAUAUGGAGAUAAUUGGGUCGACUGGUCUAUACUGCGUCAAAAUUACUCAGAUCAAAAUUGGAGAUCUUCAAAAAGUAAUCCAUGGUCAAAAGACACACUAGCAGGAUCUUGGCUAGAUGUUCGACUAAAGCGAAGAGUUAAACGUAAUAAUUUAGAUAUUGAGCGACGAGUUAGAGUAUUGUGGGAUGAAGAUGGCCACUCAUUGGAACAAGUCUAUCUUUAUUAUGCUGAAGAGCCCGGCUUGUGGACAGCAGACAAGUUACGCCCUCUAGAAAAGGAGAUGAGGUUUCGAGGAAUUGAUGUAUGGUACCCAGAUGAUCCACCUCGCCAUCCCGAUGUGAUACGAUUAUUGAAGGUUUCUCCACAUACAUUAGUCUUGAACCACUGCUCAGAAGUCGGUAACGGUGGAAUAUUUACUCUGAUUCUUAGAAGAUCGCCAUCGAAGGUCCAAAGAUGGGAGUGGUAUAAAUAUGAAAAGGAAUUCUACAACUAUGAUCUUCCUAAUAUUUAUAGACAUGCUGCGGUUUGUGCAGGAUGUACUCAAGUGAUUUCUAUUGUCUACUUAAUCAGUUGUGUAUUUGCAAAUACUAUUAUUGCUUUGUUUUAAAACAAUAAAUGACCUGUUUAUAAAUUA